UCUCAUUGGACGAUGAAUCAGAGUUUAUAUUAAUUUUUAUAUUACAGAAUAAAUAAAUACCUAAAGUCAACGCAAUACGCGUAUUUACACUGUUUACAAUAAUGUACUGUAUCUGCAACAAUAUUCGUUUAUUUGAACGUAGAGAACACAUCCUGCAAUAAGUAAGGUUAUAACAGCAACAUUUAAUGGCAGCAUCAAAUAAAACCUUUUAGCACGUUGACUGCUAUAUGGUGGCCAUCGAUAACAGAAAUUUUAAAUUGCUCGAAAGUGAUAAUAUAUAAGAUGAUUGAUAUUAUAUAAAAAUGAUUAGUACUGUAAGUCACUAAAUAAUAGUAUACCAUAAGAACUGCAAUACUAAAUAAUUAAUAAUUCCUUAUCUUUACUACAAACAAAUAAAAAAUAUAAAACCCCAUAUUCUCGUAACACUCAGCGUGUUAAAUUUCGCGGACCGGAUUCACAAAUAUUUGUUAACAUCUGUGAAUGACAUUAGAACAUUGUUUCAACUACUAUAUGCAAGUAAUGAAAGGAAUAAUUAUAAUCAGUCCUUGCACAAAAGUUUAUAGCGCAGAAUUCUUUUUUAAUGAAGAAAAAAUUGAUUUCCCUUUCAUGGUGUAACACUUCCUGUAAUAAAAGCGCGGUAAAACACCCUGCAAGGAUGUUCCAUUUUCGUUACAACUCGCAGUUCGAUUUCAAACGUCUAGUGAAAACAUUGAACAAACACAAAAUGACUAAUACAAAGUCCUCAGAUACAUUGAAGUACGCAAAACUGUCUGACAAAGCGUAUGCCCCAAUGAGAGGAUCCAAAUUUGCUGCUGGAUACGAUUUAAGAAGUGCUUAUGAAUACGUUAUACCAGCUCGUGGUAAAGAACUAAUCAAAACUGAUUUACAAGUCGAAGUUCCUGAAGGCACUUACGGAAGAAUCGCACCACGUUCUGGUCUGGCAUGGAAAAAUCAUAUAGACGUAGGUGCCGGGGUGAUUGAUGCGGAUUACCGCGAGGAGAAUGUAUGGAAGCUGUGUCAGGACGUAGCCAGGAGACACGCAUCGCAAUUACAGCAUUGCUAUGUUGCAUUCGUGAGCAACCCUUGGCGUAGCGUUCCACUUUGGCGACAACGGGCAGGAAAGGACGAGGAUAAGCUCGUAGUUUGGGACUACCACGUAAUCCUUAUCUACGCACCCGACGAAAGGGCAGUCGUUUACGACUUAGAUAGUGCGUUGCCUUUUCCAACCCAUUUUUGGAAAUACGCGAUGGAAACGUACAGGUCGGACGAUGUGGUGCAACCGGAGCAUCACAGGAGAUUCCGUGUGGUACCAGCCAGCGUGUACUUGCGAGAGUUCGCGUCGGAUCGGCAUCACAUGAAACGCGAGGACGGGACGUGGAUCAAGACACCGCCAGAUUAUCCACCGAUCUCCACAGCAACGUGUAAAAGCAACUUGGAUUCCUUUAUUAACACCGAGCCAGGGACAGGUUUCGGCAUCGUAUUGUCAUUAGAACAAUUUUUCGACCGAUUUCAUAGGCCGAACGCGAACGCAAAGGCACCCCGUGCCCCCCAGUCACAACCGACGGCGACUUAAAUGUACCACUAAGUAAGUUUCCGCAGGGUAACCGAUCGUUUGUUUUGACAUUUCCACCGUCAGAAUCGCUCGUAUGGCCUAAGGGAAUUGGUAGGUGCAUGCAAUUUCUCCCGAGCUGACGCAUUCGGUCAAAAUUUCGUGAUAACGUUGCUCCGAUCGUUGUCGACCCGAAAAAAAAACGGAACCGAUUGUUUGCUCUCCCGAGACACGUUCCCUUCCAUCCGUUGAUUUUUACUUAUACCCUUGUCACGCCUCGAUCUUGCCACUUAAUCGAGCAACUCACCCGAAGUGAUUACGAUCGAGAGCGGCGACUUGUUCGAGUAAUCGUCCGGUUCCAGAGCAACGCGUUUGUAACUUUCGUAUCCGCAUUGAAAUCAAAAUCUUACAUGUACCGGCGGAGAAAAUGGAUAACAGAAUCGCGUCGUCUCGAUUACGCGAGCCUCGCGGUCGCGUGAUUUCGCUGGAUAUUGCGCCGCGAACAAUUAUCGUGAUCUGCGUUGCCUUUUCUCCCCUUCAAAACAAGUCUUCGUCACAAGUAUUUGCUCGUUAUAUUUCUAGGCUAUGCUGAAAUGUUUGUUUCCUCUCUUUUUAAAAGUCUUUUUUGCAGAGUGUCGCGGAGACCGUUCCGUCUCAGUUAGAGUGUGCUACCACGUUACGAUCGACCGUAUUCCAAGUUUCGAGUCGUGUGGUUUAUAAGUGUCCUCGUCUUCGUACAUACGUUCCACCAUGCAUUCGUGAAUGAAUCUUUGUCACGGCUUUGUUCUAUCGAUGGUAUUGUAUCGUUAUCGUUAUUGUGUCUAAAGACUGAUUGUAUUUAACGGACGACUCGCUCCGGCACCGCGAGGAGGACCGCAGGGAGCUCCUCGAGGAUCGUGUUAUACCCGUGCGGAGCGCGUCCGCGACACAGGCGCGACUGAACGCGCUUACCAUUAUUGCGCAAUCGAUACGAGUAACAGCAGGAGGAACUUGAUCUUUCUGAGAUAAUGUAAUAUUAUAUUACGAUUAUUGUAAUUCUUGUGAUACUUUACACUUUCUACUUUGAAUACCUACAAGCUAUACUUGUCUACUGUUUGUAUACUAUGAAACUAAUGCUUAAAAAAACGGUGCGUUCGCUCGUCGACGCGGAUACCCGCGACGAAACCGUAGGAAAAGAAGCGGAGGGGACCGCAGCCCCGCACGACCAAUUGCCCACAUCGAAAGAUCGUCUUCAACGAGUCAACGAACGCGUGAAUCCACUGGAUAUCUCGGGUGUGAACAACGAAAUCUUGGUGAACAACAAAGAGAAAUAACAAACUAUCGCUAUUCUUGCCUGUUGCGCGAUCUGUAGACUCUUUCAAGCUAUUAAACGGCGGUGAUCAUUUCGAGAAUGUUGUCCGACGAGCGAACGCAAGCUGGACCGUCGGUUCGUCGGUGUACAAGGCAGGACGAGGAAGGAUUCCUCGAUCGAUCCAUGAAGACGAAGAACCGUCGGUCUUGUCGAUAGUUUAAGAGUUCGUCCACUCUUUGCCUUCCAGUAUCUUUCACUAAUUCUCUUUGUCUUUUCUCAUCGACAUAUGUUUCUCUUCGAUCCGCGUGUACACGCGAGCGGCUGCGUGUUCGCUGCGACUCCGAAGAAACUAUAUAUCUAGUCACCGAAAAUCGAGCACGGGGAACAGCCCUCAUCGUUUUCACACAGGAACACACCGGCGUCGUAUCGUAUGUGGAAAACCCGGGACCGAUCCUUCUAGCGUGUAAUAUCUUCGAUUAACGGGAUAGAAAAACGGAGGAAGAUAGACCUAAUCUCUCUAUCGUUGACGAUAUUGCUGAAUAUAUCAGAAGGAAUUAUUGCAUUAUCACCGGCAGUGAUGAUAAUUAUAUAAAUAUAUAUUUAUCAAUAUUUCAUAUUUAUUAUAUUGAUAUAUUUAAUUAUAUAUAAAUAAAUAAAUAAAUAAAUAUAUAUAUAUUAUAUCAAUUUCGAUACGAUAAGAGAGUUUAGCCGAGAAAUGUUGAAUUAUACAAUGUUUUAUAUAUACAUAUAUAUUUG